CAGUUUUAAGUGAGUGAGAGUAAAUAUAGAGCAGUAUUGCGUGCAAGAGCAAUACAACAGUGCAGGUGAUCAGUGUGCAAAAAAAGACUGAGAAUUAGUAGUGAACCAUCUCACCCACCAUACAGUGAGUUUGAACUCUUACCUUGAGGCAGGUAUUUCAAAUUACAAGCAACAUUAGAAAUAUCUAUAAAGAAAUGUGAUAAAGAACACUAAGGUUCAUUCCUAAGGCUUGGACAAAAGACGCUGCAGAUUUUAUCCGUCUACAAGUUUUUACCGUUCUGCAAGGAAAAGUAACAUGGUUUUAAAUUUCUUACCAAUAAAGAUCUGCUGAAAAGUGGGGCAUAUUCAACCACUUUUAAUCUAAUACCCCUAAAUAAAAAUUCAGUAAUACAAAUCGCCAUAGAGAGAUGGCUUGGCUCAGUGAUACAGCAGACGCACGAAAUAAAGAGGCUAUAGCCCUUGGAUUCCCUGCCCAACCCGUGCGAUUCAGCGCAUGUCUACCCUGUGCCCUUAUAAAGGCCAUUAGUUCCACAAAAUCUAAAAAAAGACAAAAAUAACCCCCCUUAAUUGCCUCCACCUAAACUGGCAGGAGAGCAUUAUUCAGAGUAGCAGCCAAGAGGCUUAUGGUAACUCUGGAGGAGCUGCAGAAAUCUACAGCCAAGUUGUACUUCACAAAUGUGGGAGGAGUGACAAUAAGAAAGUAAUUUAAAAAAACUUUUGUUUAAAGCCAGAGGACAAACAUGAAAGAAGGUGACAUGGUCAUAUGAGAUCAAAAUAAAAUACAUAAAAAAGAAUCAAAGAUGAUCCAGAUAUGGAUGGAUCUAUACACAGGGCAAUGCUGGAAAAAAACAUGUUAGAGGCUGAAAAAUACUGGAGACUGGAGCGGAGGUUCAUCUCCUAACAUAAUAUUAGUUCAGGGGUGGGAGAUUGAAUAGAAAUGACACGCGUUUUAGAUUUUAUAUGUAAAAAACAAAAGGACAGCUUUUCCUUCUGCUUCUAUCUAUAACAUCAAAUCCCAAUAAAAUACAUAGAAGUUCCAAUUUUGUUGUUACGUGACAAAAUGAGAAAGGGUUUGAACACUUUUGCAAAGCAUUGUUCUUGUCUAAGCUGUUGACAAGUUAGAGCAAGAAAAGGAUGCAUGCAAGACGUUCGGCUUUUCCAGCUUCAGAUCCAGCUGCUUUAUUAAAUGGAUAAAAAGGAAUAGAAAUCAAAUUAUAGGUUCCUUUAGGUUUAGUAAAAUGAAAAAAAUAUAUAUAUAUUUCUUUGGUAAUUUCUCUAAAGAAUCCACGUUAUUUAAGGAAGUAAUACCAGGAAACGUACAGUGAUGCCUGUGUGGUCUUAAGUUUUUUUUUUUUGAUAGCUCCCAUUAAGUCACUAUUCUUGGAUAGGUUUCAGUAAGCUUGUAUCAAACGAACCUCACAUGUCCACAAUCAUUUCAUCUGCUUCUUCUGUGUGCGCUAAUAAAAAAGUAAAGCUUCUUCAUAUCUUUGAAUAAUGCUAGAAAUUUGACAGUCUGCCAUCUGCUGAAGGAAUGUGUGCGUCUGAGCCUCCUGUCUAAACAUGGGACAGUGAGAAGACAUGGGUGGGUGGGAGCAGAUGAUUGGAUUGUCUUCUAAAGCCCCCAACAGGCUCUCAGCUGACAGUUCCUAAGUCAGGAAUCAGGAGAUAAAGAAAACACACAUUCUAAUUAUUCACCUAGGAAGUUCUUUUUAUCUAAAAUGUCCACCUACUGAGCUAAUUCCUUUAUUUUGGUUUUAUUUGGGGUGUGAAGAAGGACUAAGUCAUGCUCUCCAAUCACAGUGUCACAGCUCUAUCACCUUUCUAAUUAUAAACCCGAGCCUUCACCCUCCCAGAAUGGAAGUUUAGCCAGCCCGCUGUGUGGCCUAAAAUUAGCCCCCCAUGCACCCCCUCUAGAAAGAAGCUCCUGGCCCCCAUUGUUAACACACACGCACACACACGCACACUCACAGGGGGAUACUACAGUUUUUACAACUCAUAGCAGCUGUAGAGAAAUCACACUUCUUGGAGGACCUCUCUGUCUUUGCUUCCUUCUUUAUAAUGGAGCUUUAACAUCGCUAUGCUCAUUGGGACUAAAAGCAACUUAAGAUGAAGUCGUUCUGAUCCCUCCUUGCUCGGAGUUUCACGAUGGCCCUGGGCCAGGCUGUCAACAUGAGUCUGAUGGACAUUUCAAAGAUCUUCUCCCUGCUCCAGCCCAAGGAGGAGGACGAGGACGGCGAGCAGGGUCAGGCCUUGAACACUGCCGUGAGCGCUGAAGACACGACUCUGCUCUCUGAGCUCCUCUCUCAGGAAAAAUACAGGAGGUGUAUCAAUGCUCCGAGUGGCUGGGGGGUUCCGGUGACCCCCUUGCGCACCGCCGCUGCUCUCGGACACCUGAAGUGCCUGGAGCUGCUGUUGGAGCACGGUGCAGAGAUAGACAUUUUGGAUGUGAAGGCCCAGACGCCCCUGUUCACAGCUGUGAGUGGGAAACACCUGAACUGUGUGGUGGCCCUGCUGAAGGCUGGAGCAGACCCUAACGGCAGCCAGUACAACAACUGCUCCACGGUGUUGACCGCCGCCCGGGAGGGUGAUGUAGAAACUCUCCGGGAGCUGCUGCGGUUUGGCGGUGAAGUGGACGUCCGACCUAAAGUACCAGAGUGGGCCUCUAAUGCCACAGCCUGCAGAGGGCCCCUGUACAUCUCAGCCGUCUAUGGACACCUGGGCUGCUUCAAGCUGCUACUACUUCAUGGGGCCAACCCAAACUAUAACUGCACAGAUAAGAAGAUGCUGGCCAGGAUCAAGCAACCCAAGACAGUUGUGGAGAUGUGCCUCCGUUACGGCUGCGGGGUGGAGUACAUUCAGCUGCUCAUAGAUUUUGGGGCAGACGUCUACUUACCUACACUCAUUAUUGACAAAACUACGAAGCAGAAUGAAGCUCUGGUGCUGCUGCUCAAAGAGAGAGUUUGUCCCAAAACACUGAUGUCACAGGCUCGGCUGGCAAUCCGAAGGCACAUCCCAUUUCCUGAUAAGGACCCUGCAAUAGACAGUUUGGACAUACCCCUAAUACUGAGGAACCAUUUAAAGCACAGAUACUCUGAACCUGAGUGAUAUUAGUUUGAGUUUGCUGAUUUCUCUGGCCAGCACUGGGAGUUCAAGUUGGAUCGGUUGUCUCCAUUUCUUCUAAUGAGUCACAAAGUUGGAACUGUUGUACCCCUCUGUGAACAAAGAUUUUCACACUCCUUGAGCUUACUCACACUUUGUCGUGUUACAACUGCAAACCUCAAUGUAUGUUAGUCAGAUUUUAAGUGUUAGACCAAAACACAGUAGUGCAUAAAUUUAAAGUGGAAGAAAAAUGUUGCAUGGUUUUCAAAAUCGUUUACAAAUAAAACUCUUAAAGGUC